GACUUACGUGAUAGGUGGGACCAAGCGAUAACCGCGUAAGUCGAAUUCGAAUAACUUCUAACUGAUGAACUGUCUAAUUGAUAGUUCAUCAGUUAGCAGCAGUUGCAGGUUCAAGUCCUGCUCUGAGUUGAUCCUUUUCUCCAGGACCUUCUAAAUUAAUUAAUAAAUAUUAAUUUAAUAAGAUAUGGUGCCUAACACCUACCUCCUUGGCCAAAUUACUUAGCAUUUAAUUAUAACUAUAUCACAUCUACUGUUAAUAUCUAAUUCAGCAAUCAUUUGGCUUCAAAAACAUUAAUAUUUAAAAAGCAAGAUUUCUCAUUUGUAGAAGCAAAUGCUAUCUUAUUUUGACACUUUGCAAAUUAUAGCGAAAUAUGAGUAGUUUAUUUGUCAGAUUGUACUUUUUUAAAAUUAUUUUAUGUGGAUGUUUAUACAGUAUUUGAUAACUUAAAGAAUGUAAUUACAUGUUUCUAAUUUAAAAAUCUAUUGUAAAAUUUACAAAAAAAUAAAUGUUUCUGUUCAUUGCUAAUCAACUAUUGUUAUUUUUUAAUUGACAGAUAGUUGAAAAUGUUAAAAUGGAAGAAAUACCAGAAUGGUUUCAUGAAUGCAAAUUCAAUUAUGCUGAAAAUUUAUUACAAUUUAAGGACAAUCGGAUAGCAUUAUAUUUAACAGGAGAGAGACAGAAAGAAGUAAAGACAGUUACUUAUUUUGAAUUAAAUCAGAAAGUAGCUCUCUAUGCUUCUGCUUUGAAGUAUCUUGGAAUUAGAAAAGGAGAUUGUGUUGUAGGUAAAUACAAGGAUUAAUAUAUAUAUAUUUUUAUUUACAUAAUUUUUGAUAAUAUAAGAGUUUCUUUUUAACUUCUACAAAUUUAAAAAAAAAACUUUUUAAAACGUAACAUACAAGAUCUGCUGUCAAGGAUAUUAGCUUGCCUGCUUUCCCAUUAUUCAAACAUCAAUAUAUCUGCUGUUUUUUG